GUUUGGGGCCCCCCCUAUGGGGCUCCGCGCCCCACCUCUUUUUUUUUAACCCAUAAAUGCCCUACGGAACUUAAACUUCCGUAUUCAAUAAAAUAGAAUACGGAAGUUAAAAUUCCGUAUUAUAACUCUGACAGUCAUCACCUUUUCCACCAUUACUCCUCCCUCCACCAACCCCUCCACCAUUACUCCUCCGUCACCAACCCCUCACCAGCCCCCUUAACCCCCUCAAUGCCUCCAGACCACCCUCUCUCUCACCCUCUCCUACCUCACUUUCAUCCUCACUUCCAUUCUUCCUACCACCACCACCAACUCCUUCAUUGGCAAGCUCUCCACCAUUGGAUGCAAAAAGAUAGCAUUUGAGGGAUGACAGAAUCAUUUUUAUUUCAUGAAUCCCAAUUGAUUGAAGUUGGAUUGAACAAUGCUCAACCUGAAGAGGUGCCACCACCAGCAUUUGUACCCCCGUGUAUAAGUAUAGAUGUCUCGCAUUUAUUUACAACUGAUCAGAUUUUCCCUACCCGUGAUGAUCUUAUAAAUUGGGUUCAUGGAAUUGCGAUUGAAAAUGGAUAUGUUGUGUUGAUCACAAAGUCAGAUAGCGGUGGGAAUGGAAGCAGAAAAGCUUAUGUCAUGUUGGGGUGCGAGAAGCAUGGUAAGUAUGUUCCCUACAGAGACCCUGACCUUGUUGAAGGAACGAGAACACAAAAGACAGAAUGUCCUUUUAGACUAAAAGGACGACCUAUGAAAAAUGGCAUAGAUAGAGAUUGGCGGCUAAAGGUGAUGGAAGGUACACACAACCAUGAACCAGCUAGGUCACUACUUGGCCACAAUUUUGUUGGUCGUCUAAAUUCCGAAGAGAAGGAGCAAGUGGAAAAAAUGUCAAAGAGUUGGGUUCCACCGAGAAAGAUGCUGUUGACUUUGAAGGAAAACAAUCCUUUAAACUUGACUACCAUAUCUCAGAUUUAUGGUGCUUGCAAGAGGUUAAGAAAAUCCCUCCGCGGGUCAUUGACAGAAAUGCAACACUUGUUGAAGAAGUUGGACGGUGACAAGUACGUCCACUUUGAAAGACAUGAGCCUGGAUCGGAAGUCAUUAGGGAUGUAUUUUGGGCUCAUCCAAAUGCUAUCAAACUGUUCAACACAUUUCCAUAUGUAGUGAUUAUGGAUUGCACAUACAAGACAAACAAAUAUAAAAUUCCAUUGCUUGAGAUUGUUGGACUGACUUCCACAGAUAAGACAUACUCCAUAGCCUUUUGCUACAUUGUUAAUGAGGGCACAGAUGACUACGUUUGGGCACUGGAGUGUAUGAAGGCUCUAUUAGCUGAUCAAGCCAUGUUGCCUAAGGUGAUUGUUACUGACAGGGAUCUUGCCUUAUUGAGUGCUGCUAAGCAAAGCCUUCCCAACACCAGCCAUUUAUUAUGCUUGUGGCACAUCAACAAGUGUGUUUUGGCAAAGUGCAAACUCUAUGUUGGUACAGAUGAUUUUGCUGAAUUGGUUAUGGGGAAGUGGGGAGAGGUGGUGGAUGCUGCAACAGUUGAAGAAUUUGAAGUUCAAUGGAUGCAAUUGUUUAAUAUGUGCAAGGACAAAUACAGCAACUUUACCUCCUAUUGUUCUACUACAUGGUUGGUCCACAAGGAAAAAUUUGCCAAGGCAUGGACAAAUCAUGUGAUGCACUUUGGAACAACAACAAGUAACAGGGCUGAGGGUGCACAUGCCAGUUUGAAGAAGAUGUUGCGGGAUUGCAAGGGUGACCUAGCCACUUCUUGGGAUGCGUCGCAUAGUUUGACAUGUAAUCGACAUACUGAAAUAUUAGCAUCGUUUGAGCGCAGUAUUCACAGAAUUGAUCACAUUUUCAUGUUCCCAUUUUACACAAAUAUUAGAGGAUUUGUGUCAAACAAAUGCCUGCAGCUCAUCGACGAUGAACAUAUAAGAAUGAAGUCCUACGGCGGAUGCGAUUGCUUGUUGAGAGAGACUCAUGGACUACCUUGCGGUUGUGAACUUGCAGGUCACCGGUCAACCACUCUCUUGUCAAUUAAUUCUAUUUGUUAUUGAAAGUGACACUUUUGU